AUGCUCAACCAACCCGAUCCGGAACUCCCUGCGUUCUUUGCGAUCCUCCGAAAAGAGAUCCAUGAUUUUGCUCAACGUUUCUGGGAGACUGGAAACGAAGGUUACUUGGAAAAGAUGAACGAAACCUUGGGCGAAGGUUGCGAUAGACUUCAUGGCAAAGAUGCGUACCUGGCCUUUAAUAGAGGCAACUACUUUGAUGAUGAUGACAUUUUUGAUGUGGUUGAGGAAUUCGAGGUGGGCGCCUGUCACAAGAUGUAUAUAAGACCAAAACUGACGACAAGUCAAGCCACAGGACGCGAAUUGAACCCCGAUCUCAUCCGACCUAUUCACGACAUCCUGCUCAAAGAACUACCAGGCGGAGACGGAAUGUUGCUCGGCGAGCGGCUCCCGCAUUCAGCGCUCGGCUUCUUUCUCGACUAUUGUGACAAGGAGUCAAUCUGA